AUGGCCUCCCCAGUUGAUCACGUUCGGGGUGUAAUCAUAGUCUUUCCUUGGCUCGCCUGGGUCUUCAUCGUGGAUGUUCUCCUUUCGGCUCUCCUACCUUUCCUCCCAUUCGUUCCCGACGUUUGUUACAACAUCUCAUCUGCACUCGCCGAGUCCGGCUGGGCCUGGAUCCAACUUAUCUUCACAAAUGCCAACGGGGCCGUCAUCACUGACUCUGGCGAUGCUCUCCCGCGCGGCGAGUCGGCCAUUGUCGUAGCCAACCAUGUGGGCUGGUCCGAUUUUUACAUGAUCCAAGCCCUGGCUAUGCGCGUGGGUAUGCUUGGCCGCUGCCGCUACUUCGCCAAAACACAACUCAAAUGGGUACCGUUCCUGGGCUGGGGCUUGUGGGCACUCGGGAUGCCCCUGAUCAGUCGCCGCUGGGACCGGGAUCAGAAAGAACUGGACCGAGUAUUCGCGGGUAUUGUUGAGCGCCGGUGGCCGACGUGGCUUGUCAGUUUUUCUGAGGCAACGCGCUACACACCUGCCAAAUACCAGGACUCCAUGGCCUGGUGCACCGAGCACAACCGGCCGCAGCCGCAGCAUCUGCUCUAUCCACGGACCAAGGGCUUCGUCACUACUGUCAAGCACCUCCGCAAGGCACCGCAAGUCAAGGCUGUCUACGACCUCACCAUUGCCUAUGAAAAAGGCUCCAAGUUCCAAAUUCCGCCCUCCAUGUGGGAGACGCUCAGCGUCGCCCGUCUGAGUGACCGCAAGAACGGCAAAGGAUACCGGUUCCACGUCCACGUUCGGCGGUUCCCCCUGGUCGAGCUGCCCACCAAAGACGACGAACUUGCUAAGUGGCUAGAAACUCGCUGGGUCGAGAAGGGCAUAUGGUUAGAGCAAAAGAGGCUGGAGUGGGCAGAGAGCCAGGCCGAGUUGAAAUAA